GCCGCCCAGGCAGAGCUGGAUUGGGCAUCGGCGGCGUCUGCACUUCUGCCCCGCUGCACUACAGCCACCCCCCCUCCGGCCGGGCGCGUUCACUCACUCGCUCCCUGCGCUCUUUAAAUGGAGGAUCGGCCCUGCGUGGGGGCGAAGACUGCGAGAUAUCUGAGUCCUGGAGCAGAGAAUGGGUCAGGACGGGCGAAAUUCUCGGUGAACAAUGAUCAAAGCUGCUGUCAGCUCCAGGACGAGGAAACGCAGACGAAGAAAACAGAAAAUGGCAAAGUAAAUGGAUCUAUAGUUGAGGGAGAGGAGACUCCCACUUUCCUUGCCUCAGAAAGCUAUCUCCACUCAGUGAGCCACAAUGGUGACAAAGUCCUCCUAGAAACCAACUUGAAACGGAAGCCUCCUGGAAAGACCUUCAACACUGCCCUGAAGGGGGAAGGGAAAGGCAAUAACACUAGUAGAAACAGCAUGGACUACAGACAUGACAAGCCCUCAGAGUUGAUUACACUUGAGGGCAAAAAGGAAGCCUUGGCAUCUCUAAAUGGUGUAGUGAGUCUCAACUGUGGUCCACUCAUCAAUGGUUAUCCUGGCAAGCCUGGCACUGACAAUGAUGGUAGUGGGUCAGAAAGCGGUUACACCACGCCAAAAAAGCGCCGGGCCCAGAGGAAUGGCAAGGCUGUGGAAUAUGUGACAGCUUCUGCCCAGGGGAAGGCCAUGCAGCAGGCCAACAAGCAGGAUCCAAGCCCUGCAGCUCAAGAACUUGUCGAUAGGACAACAGGGUCACAGGUGGAUCUUGGCCGAGCUGCCUCCAAGGCAGACGGCAAUCUUGGUGGUUCUGUGAAAGCCAGAGAGGCGCUCGCAUCUGCCACUGCUACCCCACCCCCAUCUGAGGUUCAGCGUAAAAACUCAGACGGUAAAGGGGUGGGUAAAAAAUUUGAGGACAAGUCCAGCAAAGUGAAGGUGGCUUCAUCCGCCAAAGAGGACUCUUGGACUUUGUUUAAGCCUCCGCCUGUCUUUCCAGUGGACAAUAGUAGCGCUAAAAUAGUGCCUAAGAUCAGUUAUGCAAGUAAAGUGAAGGAGAACCUCAAUAAGACAGCCCAAGCUGGUGGAGAGGCUCUCUCACCUGCUCCCCAGGUGCCUGGAAGACCCUCGCAGGUCCCCAUGUCUGCGGUGAAGACCAUCACCUCGGCUAGCUUUACCAACGGCCCUCUGGCAGGGGAAGGCAAUGGCUGUUCCCUGCCUGGUACCCACUUCAGUUCAGUGGCCGGUUCUGGUCCUGCGCUGGCUUCGUCCGCUGCUGGUGCUGAUAAUGUAGCAUACCCCUCUGGCAGCGGUAGCACUACAAACACCUGUACGGCUGAGCCUAGAAAGCCUAAUUUGUUUGUUUACCCCGUCACCCAAUCCAGUAUGCAACUGUCUCUGCCCAGUGGCCGCCAGGCCGACCCUCCUGCCACUGCGACAAAUCAGAAGUCUCUGGGAGACAUCUUUCAGAAUCAGUGGGGUUUGUCCUUCAUCAACGAGCCCAGCGCUGGACCAGAGGGGCUGGUUUGCCGCUCCACAGCAAAGGACAAACCUGUGGAAGUGAGCUUUCAAGGCGGCUGCUCUGCCACUGUGGUCACGCAGGCAUCCGGCACCUCCCAGAGACCGGAUCAACCACCACCACCUUUCCCCAAGGCUUAUGAGCUGGACAAACGGACUAGUUCUCAGAGCCUGGGUAAGGGUGUAAACCUCGUCUUGCCUGUGGCCAGCGCUCCUGCCCCAGAAGGCUCGCCUCAGGCCUCCAACCUCGGACUGGAUUCCCAAAAGGAUGAGGCGGGGGUCCCCGGUGCAAUAGUGUUUUGCUCUUCCUCUAAGGACGUUGGUGCUGAGCUGACACGCACCUCUCCAGCUGGACCCAAGUUGUCUUUGGCCAGAGAGCAGGGCCACACUAAGGGCUUUGACAGGCGGUCCAGCUGGGGGUUAUUUGAUCUGAAAGCUGCUGUAGUAUAUCACACUAAAGAAAUGGAAACUAUUUUGAAUUUGCAAAAACAAGAUCCAAAUCGUGUUGUGCUCUACAGUGAAUCUAAGAAUGGUCCUGACCAGUGAGGCCCAGCCUGGACACACGAUCUUCUCAGCUGGACUCUGCUAAGAAAAGUGUGCUUCAAGGAACAUGGUCACAGCCUCUGAUAAACAUCCUGUCUCAGAACCAAUCCACCCUCAAGAUGGAGUUUAAAAAAAGGACCUAAACAGUCAGCGCUUGAGGCUGAGCUUGGAGGAGUAGAGGAGCGUUGAGGAGUACGCUUGACAAAAAAAACGGGUUAGCUGAAUUAGAACGGGAAGUGAGGAACUGGAGCCGGGAUGCUCGACUCUAAAGCGGUCUAGUGGACGUCUUUCGCUCGAGACAAUUCAAGUGACUUUAGGGAUCUUCGGUUCGCGACGUCAAACACUCACACUAACCCUCGUCCCGGGGACGCGGGCGGCACGGCUUCCUUUAAAGUGCUCCGGCACGCAGAGACAAGAGACUGAGCUGACUUCAUCCUGGUGGAGGCUGCCAGAGAAGAGGAAGCGCCUCGAGAUGCCUCCAUGGUGUCCAUGGUGAAAAUUCCAGUGGUCACGUGGACGAUGUGUGGUCUUGUGGUGUUUGUACAUGCUGAAUUCAUAUGGACUCUACAAAACCAAGGCAUGGGCACGGAAAAAAAACUAAAGUGUUGCUCUGUAGUGAUUGGGGUUUUAAGAAGAGAAAAACAACAAAAAAAAAGAAAAAGAGAGAAAUACUGUGGCCAGAGAAAACAAACGGCUAUUUUUAUUAAGUUUCAGGGGACACAAAAACAUUUACAUUAAAAGGGGGGCAGAUAGCUGAAGCCUUGGGAUGAUAACUGUCUUAAUUUUUGGAAUGAAUGAGGAGUUUGAAUUACUUGUUAAGUGACUUGUUCCAUGUUUUUCUUUCUUUUUUUUUCUUUUCUUUUUUUUCUUACCUAAAAUAGAAAGGAAAUCCUAGGACUGUAGAUGGCUAUAGGGUACACUUUAACUGGCAAUCUGGGCUCAUAUUUAAGUGUGCUGUCUUGGUGCGUCCUCACGGAAGAUUUUUUAUUUUUUUUUUUUCGAAGUGCUAUUGUUCUGUAGUCUUAUUGUCGUCUUUUCACCCUCUUUCCAUUCGAACAGCUGUGUAGCUCUUUGCGUCACUUGCUCUGUCUUGGUCUGUCUGCCUACAAACAACAGCGAAGAGACAAAAAGCUAUAUAGCCUGAUGGUUUUAUUAUCUUUUUUUUAGUGUUUUAUGUUUGCAGUUCUCGCAAUAUUAACUGUUCGAUACCAGAGGACUAAUAAGUAAGGACGUACCUCACGGCAUAACUGCUUCAGUGCUGGCUAACGGAGGCUCCACUGGCUUUCUUUUACUUGUUUAGUUGUGGCAUUUUAGUCUUCAUUUUUUUUGUCUUGAGUUUUGUUCUUUAGCGCUGCUUUCUUCUUGGUGUAUUUUGUUUGCACAGGGAAACUGGGAAAUAAUCUGCUGUUGUAGGAACAGACAGACAGUUGCUCUGUAGAAAGAUCUGGCCUUUGCUAUUUUACGCACGUGAACAGGAAUCCUAGCUUUUUUGUUAUUGCUAUAAUAAUUGCUACUGUCGUCAUUUUAAUUUCACAUCACCAUGUUUAAACGUUCACAAGUAAUGGAGCUUUGCUUUUUUUUUUUCUUCUUCAUUUCUUUUCUUCCAGGAGUUUGUUUUGCGCUGAAGGUUAGUUAAGGUUAAGGUUAAUGACACAGGUGUUGUAUAUCGUCAGGCUUUCUGCCCCCAAGUAGAGCCUGGCAAUUAUGAUGUUCGUCAGAAGAUUCCCUUUUUCAGUUUUCUUCUGUUUCUACUCUCUAUUUUUUUGUUUGUUUUAUUUUAUUUUUUCAUCACAACUUAAUUGAUUCAUAUAUAAAAAAGAUGAGUAGCACUUUAUGUAAUUUAAAUUGUAUUAUCUUGAUCGUUGACAUAUCAGUGCGUAAAUGAAUUCUCUAGUAAUUAUGAAUAGGCUACUAACUUUAACUUCUAACUGUGGACUGACCGUCUGCUUCAAGAAGAAACACGAGAAAAACGGAAAACAAAAAGAAAUAACAGAAAAAAGUCACUCAGGUAGAAUUAGGGCAGUGUUCUUGUAAAACUUAAUGUACCAACAGUGUUAUUGCCAAAAAUGAAAAAAAAAAAAGGGUGUCCCCGUUUUGUACGAACCUUCGUAGGAGGGACGUGAAUCUUUCCGUUUUCCAGUGAAAAGCCAAAUGGACACGUUGAAGUGGACCGUUUGCUGUUCUCUGCCCUUUCCGUUUCUUUUUCGUACACGUGGCCAUAAAACACUGCCAGGUCCAGAGAUGCAAAACUAAGAAAGACAAAGAGAAGAAUAUUUUAAGCAUCCUGCUAAUGCCAUCUAACCCCUCCCCCUCACCUCCUGCUUUGGUGUGAUUGAUGAUAAUGAUAAUAAGAUGUUUAGAUGGGUUAGGUUUCUGUUAGCCUAACCAGGUUAGGUUUAUUGCUGUAGCUUUUAAUCAACUUGAUUGACCUCCUCCUUCUCAUGUUGGGGUGAUGUGACGCGGACUCAUCGCUAGAACUCUAGAUCUAACUUCACGGAGAGACAUUUCAGAGCUUCACCUGACCACCCUGCAUCAGGCAGAUAAAUAACCUGUAUUGUUUGUAAAGGAUAAUGUGUCAAUGACCUAUUGAGGCUAUUUGGAUUUAAAUGCUGCUCUUCUCCCCUUCCCUUAAAAAAUAGGUUCUUUGACAUAUUAGAGGAUCCAAGAAACCAUUUUUAUGAUUUUGAUGAAUGUGAUUAAGCUCUUCACGUUUAGAACAAAAAGGUUUCUAUGAUUUUUUUUUUUUUUUUUUUUUUUGUCAUGUCAUCACUCAAAAAAACCUUAAAAUGUUGAGGAGGAACUCAAAUGUUUAGUUCAAAUGCCAGCCCAAAGUGGCUGGAUGUGGUUCUUUUAAGCGAUCCUUAUUUAGAACCAUAUUUAAAGGUUUUAGAAGUUUAAAGAAGACAACGUAACAAUUAUUGAAAAGUUAAACUCCCAAAUGUAUGAACUUUUAAGGUUUUCACCAACAAUUGUUGGUUCUUUUAUGGAAUGACUCAAAGAACCCUUUGUGCCACCUUGAUUUUUAAGAAAAUAAUUAAGUCUGAAUGCCAGUCCAAAUCUGCUCUGGGUGGGCAUGGCUUCUACCGUAUUCUUAGGGCAACCCCAUUGAAUGACUGUGUUUGUAAAAAAUGGUUCUUGGCCAAUUUAAAGGUUCUUCACACUCGUAGCUCUUUUGCUAAAAGGGUUCUUUACUCAAAUGGAGCUAAAAAAAGGUUUCUUCUGUUGAAUCCCUCAAAUGGCAAAAAGUUGAUUUUUGGUUCCUCUUUGGAAUCACUGAAAGAACUCUUUGCGCCACCUUGAUCUUUAAGAGAAUAAUUGAGUCCGUAGGCCAGUCCAAAGCUGCUCUGGAUGUGGUGGCUCCUCCCAUAUUCUUAGAGCAACACUAUUGAAUAACUGUAUUUAUAAAAAAAAAAAAAAAACAGAAAAAAAGGUUCUUCACACUCUUAGCUCUUUUGCUUGAAAGGUUCUUUACUCAAAUGGAGCUUUCUUCUAUGGAAUCCCUCAAAUAACUCUUUGUAAGAAGUUGAUCUUGAGGUUCUUGACCAGUUCAGAGGUUAUCUAAAAAGGGUUCUAACAAUUAUGAAGCCAAAAAUGGUUCUUUUGUGGGAUCCCUCUAAUAGCCCUUUGUAGGACCUUUGUUAUUUUUAAGAAUGCCUCUCCAAAGCUGCUCUGGAUGUGCUGCCCCUUACUUAUUUCUUUGAGCUACCCCAUAGAUGAACGUUUCAAGAAAGUUGAUUUAAAGGUUCAUUACAUUCAGUCUUUAUCUUUAUGGAGCCCAAUGUGGUUCUUAUAUAGAUUUUGUUUUUUGUUUGUGUGUGAUUCAGUUUGCUAUGCCAGUCCAAAGCAGCUCUGGAAGUCCAGGUGCUCCAACCUCUAUUAUAUAGCUAUGUUCAGACUGCUGGCCCUAGAUCAGAUUUUUUUUAGUGUUAGUAUCCCAGAUUAAUUUUGAUUGUCUGGACAAACGAGAAUGAAAUCUGAUUUUUGCAGAUCCGAUACAAACAACAUUUGGAGAGAGUUUAAAAUGUGAUUUACAAUCAGAUUUAUACAGAUGUAUCUGGACAUUUAAAUCUGAUUUCAAUUUUUUUAUUUUUUUUUGCAACUUAAAACAAAAUUGUCAAAUCCAGAGUAAAGCAGUGCUGGGGUCAAAGUUCAGCAAAGCCAUGCAGAUGUUGUUGUGUUGUGAUGACCAGACAUGCAAAUGUGAUCUGAUUAAUCGCAAGUAACAGUGUGGACUGUCAACUCAACAGAUAUGAUUUGAGAAAUAAAUCCGAUUUGGCUGCAGUCUGAACAUAGGCUUUGCUAUUAUGCACAUUGUUACGGUUUCCAUGACUUCCCUACAACAGCAGUUGGCUUGUGUAAGCUGGUCUGGUUAGCCUAAAAGUCAAACUUCUGGAAGUAGUUUCCCAAAGCAGGGUUAAUCCUAGUCUUUAGACUACACAACAUCUCUAGAAAAAUGUAAUUAAAAAUUAAAUUGGUCUGGAACUAGGCCUAAACCCUGUUUAGCACACUGCCCUGUAGUGCAGUGUUUACUUUAAAGAUAUCUGUAUGGAGUAGUAGGGUAUUUCUGUAUUUGUUUUGUUUUUUUUCCCCCAUUUAUGUCUCCAAAAGAUCUUUUUGUUUCUCGUAAAGGUCUCGUAAGGGUGCUGCAUACUCUUCGGGUGUAGGCCUAAACUAUGGUUUUUAUGAUGGACCUUUUUUUUUUAUUUUAUUUAAACCUUUUACGAUGACUCUUGCAGCUAAAGGAAUUGUACCCUACACAUAUUUCAAAGCUCGAGAGUUCGGCGGAUGCACAUGUGUGGGAUUUUGAUGCACAGAAGACAAGUAUAUAACCAAGUUUCUAUAUGAGGGGAUGCACAUCAAUGCAGAUUUCUUUUAUUUGAUCAAUAAGAAGCACUUAUUCCCCACAACGUCUAGAGUUUAUAGCUAUAUAUGUAUAAUUAUGCACACUAAAACUAAAACCUUAACGUCGCCUCUUGAAUCCCCCCCUCUUAAAUGGUAGGUAAAGCCGAGCGAGAGCAGGGUGAGCUGUUCGUACGGAUAUGCUAAAGAUAACUAGACUGUUUCUCUGUUCUGUAAUAUGGAAAAAAAAGCUUCUGACAUAUAUACGUACACUUUCCUAAUCUAUGUACUCGAUUCAUUGUGGUGUUCUGACAGGUCAGCUGGUUGAUGGGUGUCUGUGUGUAUGUCUGUCUCUCCGUCUAUUUGUCUGUCUGUUCGUCUGUCUGAGCGUAUGGGCACGUGUAUUUGUCUUCAUCGAACUGCUCAACGAUAUGCAAAGUCAAUAUUGAGAACUUGCAAAGUUCAGGGUGCCUGUGCUGUAAGAACUAAUAUAAAUGGAUCACAUCAGAACAUGGAUGAGAAGAAUCUCUCUUGCUUCCCAACUCCUAUCCCACCCCUCCCCACCCCACCCGACGGUUUUAAUUUGUGCCAUGUUUUGACUGUUAAAGUUUGAAUUAAUAUUUCAUUUGUAUGUUGCUCCGUCUGCAUUUCCUGCAGUGGUAAUGAAGAGGGGGAAACGGUUUGUUUUGAAAAUCUUUGUCACUGCUAAUAAACUUGUUGAAAAAUGAA